AUGGCUGCCAUCUAUGGAAUCUAUGGGCUUCUCCAAGUUGCAGAGCAGCUGCGAGGGGAUCGGUUGGUAUGGGUUCCCUUUCCUCUGGUACACAGAGCUGGGGGGCAAGGGCAAGGCUGCGUGGAAUGCCAGGCAUUGGCAGUCACCCUGAAGCUUGGAAUGAAGUCUCGGAUCUGGGAGCAGAUCUCAGAUCUUGAGGUUCUGGAAUCCUGCUCUCAGCCUCAUGCCAGGCUUCUGGCAAAGCAACACCGGCAAUGCGGGCCCUGGGCCCCCUCACCCUCGUACCAGCUGCAGCUUCGUGCCUGUGUUGCCUGCCGACUUUAA